CCCGACUCCCCACCCAGUCCCCACUCACCAGCCCGUCCGUUGAGUAGUCGAAGAAUCCCAAACCCUCUCCUCCUUCCAUGGCGAUUUGACCCCCAAACCCUAGCAAUGCCCUAGACUAGGACUAGUAGGUAGCGGAAGGAAGCUGGAAUCGGAAGGAAGGAAGGAAGGUGGGAGGGAUGGGUUCGAAAUCGAACACGGAGAGGGCGAGGAAGGCGCUGGAGGCCAUGAAGCAGCUGGGUUUCUCCAAGAAGGAGGCCACCCCUGUCCUCAAGAACCUCCUCAGGCUCUUCGGCAACAACUGGGAGCCCAUCGAGGACGAGUGCUACCGCGCCCUCGCCGACGCCAUCCUCGACCGCCACCAGGAGACCGCAGCUGACCGCGGCUGCAGCGCGACAAGGCCAACGCCGGACGAUGAUCAUCACCCCCUUACCCUCUGUGGUGCUUCGCGCGACGUGGAUACUGAGACCGACGAACCUCGCACCAAGAAGCCUAGGGCCACCAACUCAGAUCCUCAAUCGCCUCCAUCCCUUACGGACGACCAAGAUGUUCCUGCAGCUAUCUCACCCCCAUCCCAUGGUGCUUCUCCUCAAUUCCGUCCACAGACCAGGGCCUCUGCACGACUGCGCCAAGCUUCUCCUUCUUCUGUUACAGCAGCACACAAGAGGCCAAGACAGAUGAUGGAUGAAGAUUUCCAAGACUCUGCAUUCCUCAGGGAACCCAAGCCUGAGCCCGAUAUCGAUAUGGACGCCAUACAAGGCACUGCUGCUACAUCAGACUGCCCAAAUGCCCACCUUGGCCUCAUUGACUAUCCGCUCAAUGCCAGCUCCUCAAGGGUUGCACUUCCUCUGGCAUUGCUUCCACCUGAUCAAAAUGUUCCACAGAUUUCAGGUCCUAAAAAAAGGGCAAUUCAACCUUGUAGCAAGGUGAACACGGGGGAAGGAUCUUCAGUCAUUGAUGUAGCAUCAUCCACUAUGGGUGAGGUCAAAAUGUCACUGAAAUGCAGUGUUGACCCAAAGUUCCGCAUGCCUUCCUUAGAAGCAGUUUUCAAGAUGGUGGAGGAUAAAUAUCUUCACUCAUACAAGAUUCUGCCUCCUGAGUUUUCCAUUGGUAGCCUCAUGAAUGAGAUAUGCCAAUGUGUUGUACAACUGGGUAGUGAUCAUAUUGCAGAACAUAAUACAGAAUCAGAUGUUGCUGGCAAUGGGAGAUGCUCACAAAAUGAGCCAAUGACAGGUAGCAUUCCAUUUGUGAAGCCAAUAGCAUGCGAGGAUGGUGGAAAUAGGAAAUGUAAAUCUGCAGGAGAAUCAUUUAUUGUGGAAGACUCAGAAAAUUCAAGUGUUGCUAAACAGCAGACUCAUUUGGCACUUGCCAACUUGAAGCCUAUCCAUGAUGUAACUGAUAUAUCCAAGGGAGAAGAGAGAGUGAGGAUAUCGGUGGCCAAUGAAUUUGCAAGUGAGAAAUGUCCUCCUUCCUUUUAUUAUAUACGAGGAAACCUUGUUUUCCAAAAUGCUUAUGUCAACAUCUCCGUUGCAAGAAUUGGUGAUGAAGAUUGUUGUGCUGAUUGCUUUGGCAACUGCUUGUCUGCACCUAUACCAUGUGCUUGCACAAGAGAAACCGGGGGCGAAUAUGUGUAUACACCAGAAGGUCUGGUUAGGACACCAUUCCUUGAUGAAUGUGUUUCUAUGAAUCGUUUCCCAGAAAAAUGUCACAAGUUCUUCUGUAAAUCAUCCUGCCCACUCGAGAGAUCUAGGAAUGAAGCUUCACCAGAGCCUUGCAGAGGACAUCUUGCUAGGAAAUUUAUCAAGGAAUGCUGGAGUAAAUGUGGUUGUAACAUGCAAUGUGGUAACCGUGUGGUUCAACGUGGCAUCACAUGCAAUCUGCAGGUAUUUUUCACAGGAGAAGGGAAGGGUUGGGGUCUUCGCACUCUUGAUGAACUGCCAAAAGGAGCCUUUGUUUGUGAAUAUGUUGGGGAAGUACUAACUAGUACAGAACUGCAUGAAAGGACACUUCAAAACAUGAACAAUGGUAGGCAUACCUACCCUGUUCUCUUGGAUGCUGAUUGGGGUUCUGAAGGUGUGUUGAAAGAUGAAGAAGCUUUAUCCCUGGAUUCAACAUUUUAUGGGAAUGUUGGGAGAUUUAUCAACCAUAGAUGCUAUGAUGCGAAUUUAGUUGAGAUACCUGUUGAAGUGGAGACGCCUGAUCAUCAUUAUUAUCAUCUUGCAUUUUUCACAACCAAGAAGGUGGAGGCAUUUGAGGAGCUCACAUGGGACUAUGGUAUUGAUUUUGGUGAUGGCAAAGAUCCUGUUAAAGCAUUUCAGUGUCUAUGUGGAAGCAGAUAUUGCCGCGGUAUCAGGCAUCCGAGGAAACGAGGGAAAGCUGCUGCGAAAUGAUCAAAGGACUUGGUAGAAGAUACGGGGUUGAUGCACGCGUGCAUCACGGAACGAACUAAACUAAUAUCGUAGUAGAUUAGCUACAAUCUGUGCUUUAUUUUAGAACUUGUCUACUUGUCAGUUAGACUGUUCGAGAAACCUUUUGGUUUGUGAAUGGCGCUGAAGACCCAAAGUCCUACCUUUUGUAGUUCUUGGAAUCUGUCGCUUGUCAAAACAGUAAUUCCUUUUUCCGCA